AUGGGUUCCAUCCCUGAUACCUUUGGAAAUUUGACCAAGCUCACUACCUUGUACCUAUGGGGUAACCAACUUUCUCAGCGUAUUCCUCGAGAACUAGGUUACCUGGUGAAUCUGAAAGACUUGCAACUUGGUGAAAACAAACUCAUGGGUUCCAUCCCUGAUAUCUUUGGAAAUUUGACCAAGCUCACUACCUUAGACCUUUGUUUUAACCAACUCUCCGGAGAUGUUCCUCGAGAACUAGGUUCCCUCGUGAGUCUAGAAUACUUGGGACUUUACAACAACACAUUCAUGGGUCCCAUCCCCAAUACCUUUGGAAAUUUGACCAAGCUCACUACCCUGAAACUAUUUGACAAUCAACUCUCUGGACAUGUUCCACGAGAAAUUGGCACCUUGAUGGAUCUCGAAGAUCUACAAUUUGAUCGUAACAAUCUCUCUGGUCCCUUGCCACCUGACUUGUGCGUUGGUGGCAUGCUCAAGAUAUUAACUGCAUCUGACAACAAUCUCAAUGGACCUCUACCAUCAAGUUUGGUAAACUGCAGAAGCCUAGUCAGACUUCGUCUUGAAAGGAAUCAAAUAGAAGGAGAUAUUUCUAAGAUGGGUGUUUAUCCAAAUUUGGUGUAUAUGGAUAUGAACUCAAAUAAACUAUUUGGUCAAUUAUCUUAUCAGUGGGGAGGAUGUCAUAACCUUACAAUGCUACGCUUCUCAAAAAACAACCUUACAGGGGGAAUACCCGCAAGUAUGGGGAACCUAUCUCAGCUAGGGAUACUUGAUCUUUCUUCAAACAAGCUUGAAGGAGAGAUUCCGGGUGCACUAGGCAAUUUACAGAAAAUGUUUAACCUCAACCUCGCAGAAAAUUUGCUCCAUGGAAGCAUUCCAGAAGAAAUUGGAUUGCUAUCCAAUCUAGAGUUUUUGGAUUUGUCAUCAAAUAACCUAAAUGGUUUGGUACAAGAUUCAAUCGAGCAUUGUUUGAACCUUCGCUUUUUGAAGCUGAAUGGCAAUAACUUUAAAGAAAACAUCCCCGCCAAGCUAGGGUUAUUGCGCAACUUACAUGACCAAUUGGAUAUAAGUGACAAUUCAUUUACUGGGGCAAUACCAAGCCAACUUAGUGGUCUAAUCAUGCUAGCUAAUCUAAAUCUUUCACACAAUGAACUUAAUGGCUCCAUCCCAUCAUCAUUUCAAAGUAUGGAAAGCUUGAUAUCCAUUGAUGUAUCUUACAACAAAUUGGAAGGGCAGGUCCCGGACAGUAAGGUCUUCCGACAAGCUCCAAUCCAGCAGUUCAUGCAUAAUAAGAAGCUAUGUGGUGUUGUGAAAGGAUUGCCCCCUUGUAGUAGUGCAACUCAAAGCAGAGGCAAGAGGAAAGGAUACAAAAUACAUGUACUAACCACUAUUCCUGCUCUGCUAUUUCUUGUUCUUAUUGCGGUGAUAUUGAUGUUCUGGCAUAAAAGAAGGAAAACCAAGGCAACUAACACCGAUAAAGUAAUACAAGCAAACGUCUUUUCUAUUUGGAGUUUUGAUGGAAAAAUUGUCUUCAAGGAAAUCGUUGAAGCAACCAACGAUUUUAGUGAGAUGCAUUGCAUUGGUAUCGGGGGACAUGGAUCAGUCUACAAAGCUAGACUUGCAACAUGCGAAAUAUUUGCAGUGAAGAAGAUACACAUGAUAGAAGAUGAUUGUCGCGUGAACGAACUUGUGUUCAUUCGUGAAAUCGAGGCAUUGGUGCAGAUUCGUCACCGAAACGUCGUAAAACUUUUUGGGUAUUGUUCCUCUAGCCAAGGCAGCUUCCUUAUCUAUGAAUAUAUGGAGAGAGGAGACUUGGCAAAAACACUAAAGGACAAUGAAAGGGCAAUUGAAUUGGAUUGGAGAAGGCGGAUUUGUAUUGUGUUGGGUGUGGUUCAUGCUUUGGCCUACAUGCAUCAUGAUUGUUCGUCACCAAUAGUCCAUAGAGACAUAACAAGCAACAACAUUUUGCUUGAUCAAGAAUUUAGAGCUUGCAUCUCUGACUUCGGUACGGCUAAAGUUCUCAAUAUUUACGGCGAGAAUUUCACAAGGCUUGCUGGGACGAAAGGCUAUCUUGCCCCAGAGCUAGCAUAUACAGAAAAUGUGACGGAGAAAUGUGACGUAUACAGCUUCGGAGUGCUUGUUUUGGAGCUAUUUAUGGGAUCUCAUCCAGGCGAUUUCCUCUCAUCCCUGUCAUUGGCCACCAAGAACAAUGUCGUGUGCCUGCUAGAUCUACUGGACCCCAGGCUUAUGAUUCCAGAUGCUGAGACUGCUAGAGAAAUAUACCGCAUUCUCAGUGUUGCAGUUCAGUGCCUAGAGCCGAAUCCAUCACAUAGGCCAACGGCACGACGCGCGAGCGACGAGCUAUCUACGAUUAAAGGUGGUGAAGGUCAGGUUGAUUUUUUGCAGGCUGGCAUCACCUUUCCUGCGCUGUAG